AUGGGGCUCUUCGUAGCCUUUGAACCAGGUCAAGCAGGUGGAGAUGAUGAACAAUUCAAGAGCAAGACAGAAUUUGGAUCAAAUGAAAUUGGUCGUUUUUCGACCUAUUACUCUCGUUAUGGAAGCUCAACUUUUGACUUAGCCGUACUAGACGAACAAACGAUCCGUAACGACCAACCAAAUACCAAUGGUCAGCAAAUUAAUUCUUGGUAUACCUGCUCGAAAAAUUCACUUAAACCUUGCAUCACUGCCCCUUACUUCGACUCUGUAAAUGGCCAAACCAAGGGAGUCGUUUCCCUUUCCGUUCCCUACUUGGAAAAAGGCAAAUAUGCAGGCGUGCUGGUAGUCGAUUUGAGCCUAGAUGACCUUCAAGAGCAAAGCGAGAAGAUAGCUCUGGAUAUUUACAAUGGAGACUCUUCCGUAAGUAUCGUCAGCGAUUCGGGCGUUGUCGCUGCGAACAGUGCCUCGGCAAAAUCAGUCGGGAAAUUGGCUUCCGAAGUAUGGCCUCAAAAUGCGGCACAGCUUCAGGCGAAAACAUUCGCAUCGGGAAUGAGGGCAGAGCAAGAACUAGAUAAGUUUCAACUGUUACUGCCAUUCGCCCCAAUCGCUGGGGCCGCCCCUUGGGCGGUGAAGAUCGACGUUCCAUGGAGUACGUUGAUGGCACCGUCUGACAAACUGGCUGACCAACUUGAUGCGCGGCGCCGCUCAGGUAUGUGGCAAAUUAUUGCAUUUGGUGGGCUGCUUGGAACGCUAGGCCUACUAAUAAGCGCGGUAAUCAUUCACAAGUCGCUUCAUCCGCUUAGAGUAAUCACACUGAUGAUGAAGGAAAUCGCGAGCGGUGAUGGUGAUUUGACCAAGCGGAUCAACUACAACCAACCCAACGAGCUGGGUGAGCUUUCUGGGUGGUUCAAUCGCUUCUUAGAUAAAUUGCAUUCUCUGAUCAAAGAAAUCCAAAUCUCGACUCAGCAAACUCGAGAGGCCGCCUUACACGCGUCCACGAUCGCACAGGAGUCUCGUGCGAAAUUGAACGCCCAAGCGAGCGAGGUCGACCAGGUGGCAACGGCAUCAACAGAGAUGGCAGCUACUGCGCAGGAAGUCGCUCGCAGUACCUCAUCUACCGCCGAAGCUGCGCAUGAGAGCAAUGUCGCGGGUUCGCAAGCUGAUCGCAUUAUUGUCAGCGCGAGCCAAACUAUUCAUGAACUGUCGAAUGGGAUGGGGCAGAAUAUGUCCCAAGUUAAAGAACUUGCCGAAAGCAGCGCUAAGAUCAGCUCCGUCCUUGAGGUCAUUCGGGGUAUUGCCGAACAAACAAAUUUGCUUGCGCUGAACGCGGCGAUUGAAGCAGCCCGUGCUGGCGAAGCCGGCCGAGGAUUUGCAGUCGUUGCAGAUGAAGUUCGGACGUUAGCUCGACGCACUCAAGACUCGGUGACGGAGAGCCAGUCAAUCAUUGAGGCGCUUCAACAAAACACAUCAAACGUUGUCACGGCGAUGGGCGAAAGUCACUUGCUGACCGGGAUAACGGUUGAAGAGUUUACUAAGGUAGGGGCAGCGCUUCUGCAAAUGAGCGCGGGGGUCGGAAAAAUCAAUGAAAUGACCUUGCAAAUUGCUUCCGCAACUGAAGAGCAAAGCGCUGUCGCAGAUGAGGUUAGUGCGAACGUCAGCAACAUUCGGGAUUUCACACAACGUUUGGCGAUUAAUGGCCAAGAGAUGGAAACAGUGAGUCUACACCUGAGUGCUUUGGCCGAAAAUCUGGAAGAAAAGGUGGGGCAUUUCAAAGUC